CACCAAUCCCGCGCCUCCCGCAGGGUCCAGCCGUUCGUCCAGUCCAGGCCACUACUGGUACUACCGGAAAGUUUCUCAUCAGCUGCAAGUUGCAAUUGCAUCCAGAGGCGAGAGCGCUACGGCUACGCUCGAACCGGACACCUCUCCCCAAAACAACAUGGCCGCUUCUGUCGAGCCACGGCAGUUCGGCCGCCUCGAGACGCCGGUGCGCGCCGGGGCCGGCACGAACGGCAUCCGUCGCCGCGCCGACUCCCCCGUGCGCGGCUGCGGCUUCUCCCCGCUCAUAUCGCCGCCUCGGAAGUCCUGUGUCCACGAAGAAGCUUCGUCUGACGAGGAGGAAGAAGAGCAGCAGGACUGGCGGGAGCUGUACGGGUCGCACUUGCAGUCCGAGGUGGAGCCGUCGGUGCGCGACCCGCGCGACGAGGGCACGGCCGACGCGUGGAUCGACCGCAACCCGUCCCUCGUCCGGCUCACCGGCAAGCACCCGCUCAACUGCGAGCCGCCGCUGAGCCGGCUCAUGCACCACGGCUUCAUCACCCCGGCGCCGCUCCACUACGUGCGCAACCACGGCGCCGUGCCCCGGGCCGACUGGGCCACCUGGACCGUCGAGGUCACGGGGCUCGUAAGGCGUCCGGCCCGGUUCACCAUGGACGAGCUUGUCCACGAGUUCCCGGCCGUGGAGAUCCCCGCCACGCUGGUGUGCGCGGGCAACCGGCGCAAGGAGCAGAACAUGGUGCAGCAGACGGUGGGGUUCAACUGGGGCGCGGCCGGCGUGUCCACGUCGGUCUGGCGCGGGGCCAGGCUCCGCGACGUGCUCCGGCGGUGCGGCGUCAUGGGAGCCAGGCAGGGCCAGGGCGCGCUCAACGUGUGCUUCGAGGGCGCCGAGGACCUGCCGGGAGGCGGCGGGUCCAAGUACGGCACGAGCGUGACCCGGGAAUGGGCGCUUGACCCGUCCCGGGACAUCAUGCUCGCCUACAUGCAGAAUGGCGAGCCGCUGCUGCCCGACCACGGCUUCCCCGUGCGCGUCAUCAUCCCCGGCUGCAUCGGCGGCCGCAUGGUCAAGUGGGUCAAGCGCAUCAUCGUCACCACCGCCGAGUCCGACAACUACUACCAUUUCAAGGACAACCGCGUCCUGCCGUCCCAUGUCGACGCCGAGCUCGCCAACGCAGAAGGGUGGUGGUACAAGCCGGAGCACAUCAUCAACGAGCUCAACACGAACUCGGUGAUCACGACGCCGGGGCACGACGAGAUCCUGCCCAUCAACGCAUUCACGACGCAGCGAGCGUACACCAUGAAGGGAUACGCCUACUCCGGCGGUGGCAAGAAGAUCACGAGAGUGGAGGUCACGCUGGACGGCGGCGAGACAUGGCAGGUGUGCACGCUGGACAUCCCGGAGAAGCCCAACAAGUACGGCCGGUACUGGUGCUGGUGCUUCUGGUCCGUGGAGGUCGAGGUCCUGGACCUCCUCGGCGCCAAGGAGGUCGCCGUGCGCGCAUGGGACCAGACGCACAACACCCAGCCGGAGAAGCUCAUUUGGAACCUCAUGGGGAUGAUGAACAACUGCUGGUUCAAGGUGAAGGUGAACGUGUGCCGGCCACACAAGGGUGAGAUCGGUCUGGUGUUCGAGCACCCGACGCAGCCGGGCAACCAGACGGGCGGGUGGAUGGCGCGGCAGAAGCACCUGGAGACGGCGGAGGCGGCGGCGCCGGGGCUGAAGCGGAGCACGUCCACGCCCUUCAUGAACACGACCGGCGACAAGCAGUUCACCAUGUCCGAGGUGCGCAAGCACGGGUCGCAGGAGUCGGCGUGGAUCGUGGUCCACGGCCACGUCUACGACUGCACGGCGUUCCUCAAGGACCACCCGGGCGGCGCCGACAGCAUCCUCAUCAACGCCGGCACCGACUGCACGGAGGAGUUCGACGCCAUCCACUCCGACAAGGCCAAGGCGCUCCUCGACACGUACCGCGUCGGCGAGCUCAUCACCACGGGCACGGGCUACAACUCCGACAACUCCGUCCACGGCGGGUCAAACCUCUCCCACCUGGCGCCCAUCCGGGAGGCCACCAAGGCCUUGGCGCCCAUCGCGCUGUCCAGCCCAAGGGAGAAAGUCCCCUGCCGGCUCGUGGACAAGAAGGAGCUCUCCCACGACGUGCGCCUCUUCCGCUUCGCGCUGCCGUCCUCCGACCAGGUGCUCGGCUUGCCGGUCGGCAAGCACAUCUUCGUGUGCGCCAACAUCGAAGGGAAGCUCUGCAUGCGGGCCUACACGCCGACGAGCAUGGUGGACGAGAUCGGCCAGUUCGAGCUCCUCGUCAAGAUCUACUUCAAGGACGAGCACCCAAAGUUCCCCAACGGCGGGCUCAUGACCCAGCACCUGGAGUCGCUCCAGAUCGGCGCCUCCAUCGACGUCAAGGGGCCCCUGGGCCACGUCGAGUACACGGGCCGGGGAAACUUCACGAUCAACGGUAAAGCCCGGCACGCGCGGCGGCUGGCGAUGAUCUGCGGCGGGAGCGGGAUCACGCCCAUGUACCAGGUGAUCCAGGCCGUGCUAAGGGACCAGCCGGAGGACGAGACGGAGAUGCACCUGGUGUACGCGAACCGGACGGAGGACGACAUCCUGCUCCGGGACGAGCUGGACCGGUGGGCGGCGGACUACCCGGACAGGCUUAAAGUUUGGUACGUGAUCGACCAGGUGAAGCGGCCCGAGGAAGGAUGGAAGUUCAGCGUCGGGUUCGUCACGGAGGCCAUCCUGAGGGAGCACGUGCCGGAGGGCGGCGACGACACGCUCGCGCUCGCCUGCGGGCCGCCGCCCAUGAUCAAGUUCGCCAUCUCGCCCAACCUGGAGAAGAUGAAGUACGACAUGGCCAAUUCUUUUAUCUCCUUCUGAGAAAUUCCCCGUAGCAUGCUCGCAGCUGCUGCCUGAAUAUCAUUACUCAUCAGCUGGGGAUGGAUGUUUGUGUAUAUAUACGUGUCGACUUCUCUUCAUUAGAGAACCACACGUGCAUGAUUACUGCACGGCACGGGCGAUAAUAAGGAGUAUAUAUACAUGCUUAUUGUAGGUUGUGUUGUAAAACUUGUAUGUACUCUUGCUCCCCUCGAGUACAUUGACCGGCCAUGUUUUGCACUCAGGUUGUCAAGUACCUGCAGCUCCAAUCGAAGCUGUUUAUUCGUUUCAUGUAUACCAAAUACUAGUGGUGUGUAAAUAUGAUUAUUGCUGUUAGCUUGAGAGAGGGAAUAUCUGAUAAUGUGAGCUCGAUAAUGUGUAAUUGUUCCAAGAAUGAGAAGCUAACACGGACAUCUCUGCUCUA